GAGGAGAGUAGGAGGCGGAGGAGGCCGUUACCAAACACCUCUAUUCGAAGUCUCUCAUUCAAAGUCAGUCCAAAGUUUAUGAUUGAAGAAAGAUACAAGCUUUCCGUCCCAUCCACUUCUCCUAUGCAUAAUAGUCAGCGUCAACAAUUAAUUUUAAACAGAAAAUAAAUCAAAAGAAAUUGGACUCCUCUUUCGUCUCCUCUUCCAACUCCAAACGACCCCCGAGUCUCCUGUCCCUUCAUCACGAAUUGGAGCUCAACUACUCCAAAUAGCCGCUUCCCCAGCUCAAACUCCAUAAAGGCAGGUGUUGUAGAGGUGACAACUGACUGUUAGGCGAUUUUGCUUUGGAAAACUACACAUGGAUCAAAAUAUUACUAUCGAGGAGGGAGAUGUAAAAGGUGGCCUUGAAUUGGUGAAAUCAGUUUCAGAUAAGCAUCUUGAUCUUUUGAGACCAUCAGCCCGAUAUUAUUCAAUUUUUAAAGGGCAAGUGGCAGAUGCUACUGACCGUGAGAAGGGUAAAUAUACCCUGAUCAGAGAUGCAGAUGACUUCCAACCAAGCAUAUAUGACAAGCCAUUACCCUGUUUUGGCUGUGGAGUUGGGUGGUUUUCAUUUCUAUUAGGAUUUGUUUGCCCAAUAAUGUGGUACUAUGCCACAUUGCUGUAUUUUGGUAAUUACUACAAAAAGGAUCCUAGAGAACGAGCUGGGCUUGCCGCAUCUGCAAUAGCUGCAAUGGCAUUUUCUGUUUUCUUGUUGAUCAUCUUAGUGGUGGUUCUACUUUUUUAGCUCCCGCCUUGACAGUUGCACGUGCUUUGGAGGCAUUUGUGGGCAAGGGCGUGUGAUUUGGGGAUUUGUAUAUUUUUCCUUAAUUCAGCUGCGAUGUCUGAUGUAGAUAUGAUUUCUUAGAAUCAAAUAGCACAUGACUCCAUUUUUCCACCGAUCACUAUACAGGGGAAAAAAAAAAACAAAGGAAACAGAAGAAAGAACAGUAGAAAGAAAGAAGGGGAAAUGUAACCCGCCAUCGAAGAAACGACUACAAAAUGGGCUAAAGCUCUGUUAUAGGAACCGUGAUUGAGAGAGUGUAUUUUAGGAACAAUAAUACUAUGUUGUUGAAUAAAUCAUUUUUUUGGUGCAA